AUGGACUUCGUGCUGCGAGGAGGAGGCCGAACCAUCAAGCAUCGCGAGUACUUCCACUUGGCUAAAGGUCGAGACUUAGGAUUCAACACGGUCCUGGCCUUCUUUUCGAAGCUCAGCUCCGGAGCUGGCGAACAGCUGAUCACCAGGCAAACCAAUCGCCUUGGAAACCUACUGCCCUUGCCAGAGUUCCUGUCGUUCUACUAUGCUCACAUGGGCCAUUAUUUGUCCCAGUGGUCCAUCUCCUGGGGUCUGCCAUUGUUGACGUUGAUCUGGCUGGUCGUGCUCCUGAACGGCUGCGAGGAAUCCAAUGACCUGUCCAUCAAGUGCAUCAUUGGCAGCCAAAGCGCGGCGUCGGUGAUGGCUGAAGCGUGGCAAUACAUUUACAGUGGCCAACUGCUGAUCCUCUUUUUGCUGGCACAAAUGGCACCUAUUUUCUUCGAGGUCUGGAUGGAGGCAGGAAUUGUGCAAUCGACCGUGCGCUUGGUGAAGCAAAUCCUCACGCUUUCGCCCGUCAUGUUCAUCUUCCAAGCGAAGGUUUUUUUUAUCGGUUCAAGAAGAGUUUUGUUGGCCGCCAUGGAUCAACGCUCCGAGCGGAAGGCUCGCCUGAGGGCGGCUGGGCGACUGCUGCUGCUGGGUGGUGUGGCCGCCAGUGCGCCUGGGUUUGUUGUGGGCACCUCCCGUGCCAGCGCCCCGUCCAUCGCCACUGGCAGCGCUGGCAGCGCCAGCGGUGUGGUCGAUGCCGGCGCGGCGUCGAUGCUCAUGGGGGUCGCAGCGGUGGGAGCGGCCUCGCUUCUCCCUCGCAGCGCCCGAAGGCCGCGGAGUGUGCGACGGGCGGAAGAGAAGGGCGCGGUGCAGCAGCUGCUGGGGAUGAAAGGCGCUGGGGAGACCGAUGACACGCCGCUGUGGAAGAUCCGAUUGCAGCUGUGCAAACCAGUGACGUGGCCACCCCUGAUCUUUGGUGUCAUUGCCGGGGUGUGCGCUAGCGGAAACUUCGAUUGGUCACAGGCUUCUGGGGAAGAUUAUGCCAAAUUUCUGACCUGUGUCAUCCUGUCCGGCCCGGUGCUGGUGGGAUACACGCAGACCCUGAACGACUGGUACGAUAAGGAUCUGGAUGCCAUCAAUGAACCCUACCGGCCCAUCCCUUCGGGACGGAUCACUGAGGAACAGGUCUGGCAGCAGAUUUACAUCCUGGGAGGCUUAGGCCUUUCCAUGGCUGCAGCGCUGGACAUAUGGCAAGGCCAUUCAUUCCCCACGGUCUUCGCCGUUGCUGUGGUGGGUUGCUUCAUGGCCUACAUUUACUCGGCGCCACCGCUGAAACUGAAGCAGAACUGGAUCAGCGGUUGCUAUGCCCUGGGUUCCAGUUACAUCGCCUUGCCAUGGCUGGCAGGGCAGUGCACCUUUGGCCAGGUCACUCCCGAGAUCAUCGCACUGACCUUGUGGUACUCGGUGGCUGCUGUGGGCAUUGCCAUCGUGAACGACUUUAAGAGUGUGGAAGGUGAUCGGAAGCUGGGCUUGUCAUCAGCACCGGUGGUCUUUGGCAUCGAUACCGCCAAGUACAUGGCGCCUGUCAUCAAAGACUCAGUACAGCUGACGAUUGUGGCAUAUCUCUUGUACAUUGGUGAGUGGCCAUAUGCCCUGGGCCUGUUUUGUUUGAUUUUGCCCCAGGUCUAUUUUGCCAAGACCUUAUUUAUCGAAAAUCCCAUUGAGAAUGAUGUAAAAUAUCAAGGCUCCUCUUUGCCAUUCUUCAGUAUUGGCACCAUUGUGGCUGCAUCGGCCAUUGGGAACAACCCUUUCCACUGUUACAACAUGGACCCCAUGGGCACAGUUGACAUGUUGAUUCUUAGAAGCCCAGUUCGGUAUUGGGUCAAUCCUCAGGUCGCCACCGGUCGUGGCUUGCCUACGGAGCGGCGGCCCUUCCUGGGAGUCAUCGGGGAACAAGGCGAGUUGAUCCCUGGCGGCUUGUACCUGGACUAUGCUCGUCUCACGUACUAUGAUGGUGCGAGCCUCCUAUUUCUGAUGAUCUUAGUGUUGGUCGCUGGUGGAACAGAGAACACUGGGCCGCAACUGGUGGGAAUUCUGGUGUCCUUGUGUUUGGUGACGGUGUCCUGGCUCCUGGCACCCUUCAUUUUCAAUCCCUACCAGUUCCGGCCCUCCUGCUGGAUCAACGACAUCAAGGCUUGGACGCGCUUCUUCCUGGAAGACGGUGGCAUGCACUGGAAGAAGUGGUUCACUGCCAAUCAGCUGAAACCCAGACGUGGCUUCCGUGCCACGGUGCUGCAGAUUGGUUUCAUGAUGGAAUUGUGGUUUGUAGUCACCUGCUUUGCAUCGUUGAACGCGAGAACGGCCGUGGUGUGCCAGGUUUCAGACACGUGGCGGCUUUACUACUGGAACCUGCUGUCACCACCUAUUUUUGCACCGGUGCUCCUUUGCAUCUUGCUUGGUUGCUGUGGUGCUUUGGGGAACUUGUGCUCUGAACGUCGAAGCACAAGCGCACCCAAGUUUGAUGAGACUUAUUCGGCUUUGGGAACACCAAAGGAGGAGGAAACGAGAUCCCGAUGUCCGCAGCAGUGCCCAUUGGUUUUGGUCUCCCUGCUGGUGGCGUUACUCACGAUCGCGGAGUUGGCCGCACCGUUGGUUUGGGUCGCAUCUCUUGGUUGGAAGAAG